AUGGUACAUGCAUCUUCUUCUCCUUAUGAACGUGCAAAAUAUGUUCUUGUUGCAUGCGCGGAAUGCAGAAGGAUAAAAAAAAAAUGCUCUGAUGGUAACGAGUGUGCUAGAUGCAAAAAACGUAAUAUCCCAUGUGUAAAAUAUGAACGAAAAAAUAAAUCCAAAAAAUUUCAUAAAUCCUUUAAAUCUAUCGAUGAUUUGGAAGCGAAUUUUGAUACAUCAUCAGGCGACGAAUCAUAUCAACAAAAUCAACAAAGUUAUUGCAGAAGUGAUGAUUGUCAUAAUACUAAUAAAAUGAAUGUGGACUAUAUUAUAAAUUCAACAACCGUGCAUUAA